AUGGCAAGACGUUAUGAUACGAGAACAACGAUAUUUUCACCGGAAGGACGUUUGUAUCAAGUAGAAUAUGCAAUGGAGGCAAUAUCUCAUGCCGGAACAUGCCUUGGUAUUCUCGCUUCAGACGGUAUCCUCAUUGCAGCCGAGAAAAGGAACGUUCAUAAACUGCUCGACGAUGAGGUUCUUGCUGAGAAAAUUUAUCGUCUAUCCGACAAUAUAGCCUGUACAGUAGCCGGUAUAACAGCAGAUGCAAAUAUUCUGAUAAAUCAUCUGCGCUAUUGGGCCGCUGAAUAUAAACUCAGUUAUGGUGAGCAUAUUCCGGUUGAGCAGUUAGUACAAACACUAUGUAAUGAAAAACAGCGUUACACACAAGUUGGAGGAAAACGACCCUUUGGUGUUUCUCUCUUAUAUAUGGGUUGGGAUCAACAUUUCGGUUAUCAGCUUUACCAGUCUGACCCAAGUGGAAAUUACACUGGAUGGAAAGCAACAUGUAUUGGCAAUAAUCAUCAGGCGGCUGUUUCGUUGUUAAAACAAGAAUAUAAGUCACCGAAUCUUGCUGAAGCGAAGAAACUUGCGAUGAAAGUGUUAUCAAAAACGUUGGAUGUGAAACUAUCGGCAGAAAAGAUGGAAAUGGCUGUGUUAACGCGACGUAACGACAAGACUGUAGUGGAGGAGUUGAAUAGCACCGAAGUAUCGCAGUUAAUAAAGGAACACGAAGAACGAGAGAAGGAACAAGAGGCUCAACAAACUGCUUGA